AAGUAACGAACAGUGACGAAGUCUCGAUCUCCUGGAUCGAGAGAAUUUUGUAUCGAUGAUCGUCGUGCAACUGUAGUGCAAAGUCAGCUGCGACAGAUGACAGUUAUGUCACUGUCUGAUUGUGAGUAAUUAUCACAAAGUUCGCAAGCGCGGCUGUCCACGAAGGAACCUUUACACGCUCCUUCGAGAGAGGAGAGGCUUCCUGCGCGCUGCUGUUCCUAUAGUAACUCGGUAGAUCAGCUCAAAAUUGGUACGCCAGUGGUUCUCAUCUGUGACAAGAGUGAGAUUGCGGCAAUUCAUUGCGCUCAGAUUUCGAAACUGCAAGAAUUGCUCUGUAUUUACUUACAAUUAUAAAAAUGUCUGAUAUAUUAGAAGGAAUUUAAGUUUGAUUAUAAUUUUAUGUAGUGUGUAUAAAGGAUUGUCAUAUAAAUUGUAUAUAAGAUGGACCAAAGAAUGCUUCUUACAUUGUUAUUUUAUAAAAAUAUUAUAAGAGGGAUAACAAGUACAUUAUUAUGGAGACAUCAACGUUAUCUAUUGAGCUAUAUUCUUCUGGAAUUUUUGUAUAUUAGAUUGCAAAGAUUAUUUAAGCAAAAUCUUUGUUGGAUCAUAUUACCAGAUACAACCAUAAGAAACAUGUUGAAUAAUUUAGAAAAUACAGGAGAUGAAUAUAUUGAUUAUGAAUGUUGUGCAUUAGCAAACAUACAGUCUUUAAAGAAAUCGAAAAGUUCCUGGUUUUCUAUAUGCUCAAUGAUUUCAAUGAAGAAAUAUAAAUGUGCAAUUAUACUUGUAGAUCAUAUUAAUGAGAAUACUAUUCUUAUUUCUGAAACAAUGCAGCACAAUUUGCAAAAUACUUUGUGUUAUGAACGGUUAGAUGAAUCUUGUUUUAUAUUACCAUCGACAGACAAUGUAAUUCAAUUUGCGACUGAAAUGAAAGUAUCCUUAAUCACUACCUCAUAUGAUUGCACGAACGAGAUAAUGGAUGCUAUGUUAGAGAACUACUUCUUACAUCCCCGAUAUUUGCAUAUAAACGACGUAAUCAGGAUCGACGCGCAAGAAUACGCCCAAGAUCGAUUUUACACGUCUGGUACUCCAACGAAUCCUGUGAUAUUCUUUAUAGUUAAAUCUUUAAAAUUCAGUCGCAAUAGCCAUCACUACAAUGUCAAUAGUUGUUACGUCGUACGUGGAUUAUCGACACUUAUACAAGAAGCAGAGGUUCACAGUUAUAUUCCUCGAAAACAUAUUCAACCGUUCUCCGGCGAAGCUUUCGUCCUACCGCAGAACGAAGAGACGGAGAAGUUACCGAGCACUGGGUAUCCAUCAAUCCUGAUGGAAGCCAUCGAGUACCUAGAAAUGUGCAUUACACCGUUCCUUAAGAAGGACAAUCAGUUGCACGUAAAGCCGAUAUUUCUUCUGAAAGGACCACGAGGUUGCGGUAAGCAGGAACUAGUCGAAAUCACGUCUGAAAGGAUGGGACUGAACUUUCUCGAUGUUGACUUCGCGGAAGUGCAGGCUUUAACAAGCGCGUCGACCGAAGCUAAGCUACGCAUAGUGCUGCAAACAACGCAGCGACGCGUACCGUGUGUACUAUAUCUGAACAAUGUCCAAGUGUUCGGCAAGACCGCCGAGGGGCAAAAAGACGAGAGGAUCAUAUCCACUUUCUCGAAGGAGAUCGCAGCGUUGUACGACGCGCAGCGAAAAUUCCCCCUCAUCAUUAUAGCCGCAUCCGACGAGACAGACAUGCCCGCGGAGUUGCAACGAUUGUUCAUCGAGACGAUUCAUGUGAAGCACACGACCCAGAGCGAACGGGCGGAACUGAUGUCGUGGCUCCUGUCUACGAGGAAUCUCACGACCGUCGCGGAUCUCUCGAAAGUGGCUGCUUCUUGCUCGGAUUUCAGAUUCGCGGAUUUGUUGGCGUUAUCCUUGCACGCGACGAAGCUUCGACGCGGAUUAGCCUUACCCUUGGCGCAGGAAGAUUUCGAGCGAGCUUACGAGUACAUGCAGUCAGUGUAUUCCGACAGUAAAGGCGCGCCACGCGUGCCGAAGGUUCAUUGGUGCGACAUAGGCGGCUUGGCUGAACUGAAACACGAAAUUAUUCGCAGAAUCCAACUGCCCAUGUUGAACGCUUUCGGAUUUGGACAAUUCGGAUUGCUUUUGUACGGCCCGCCCGGCACCGGGAAGACUCUCCUCGCUAAAGCAGUGGCAACUGAAUAUCAAAUGCACUUUUUGUCCGUUAAAGGCCCGGAGGUGUUGAACAUGUACGUUGGUCAGAGCGAGAAAAACGUAAGGGAGAUCUUCGAGCGCGCACGUUCCUCGGCCCCUUGCAUCAUCUUCUUCGACGAGCUGGAUUCAUUAGCGCCGAAUCGAGGUAGAAGCGGAGAUAGCGGCGGCGUGAUGGAUCGCGUAGUUUCUCAGUUGCUCGCCGAGAUGGAUGGCCUCGAGGAAUCCAGCAGCAUAUUCAUCAUGGGCGCUACGAACAGACCCGAUCUCAUAGAUCCCGCGCUGCUUCGACCUGGAAGAUUCGACAAAAUGCUGUACGUUGGCAUUCAUUCCGACCGCGAGUCCAAGCUCAGCGUUUUGCGUGCGCAGACACGAAAGUUCAAAAUGCGAGAACACGGGCAAGAGUUGCAGCUGGUCGUCGAUCAAUUACCCGACAAUGUCACCGGUGCGGAUUUAUACUCGGUCUCCUCCAACGCGUGGCUCAAUGCCGUACGCGAAGCUCUCACAGAACACGAAAAAAAUAAUCAGCACGAAGAGAGUAAACUCGAGGAUAACAUUACUGUAGAGGUGCAUCACUUUCUGGAUGCUGUUCGCAAUUUAGUACCUUCCGUCAGCGACGCGGAGAUACGAAGAUACAAGAAAAUGCAGACUGAGUUAUCGUCCUCGUAGUGUACUUCACGUCGAGAUAUGGCGAAGAGAUGCGAACUUUUACGUGGAAAAAUGAUGAAUAUUCGUCGAUCGGACGUAGCCACAAGUACAAACGGCUUAUAUGUAAGUAUGCACACUAUCUUGCAAUGAAAACAACGCGCGGUAUUAUAAACGACAUGUUAUUUUUAUUUCGAGAAGUAUGUAAAACAAUUUGUACAGUGAAUAAUUAAAAUGAGGGAAGAGUCGAACUACGGAUUC